AUGGCAGAGGAUGAGUACGAAUAUCAAUAUGAUGCCAAUGAGACAAGCACGUUUCUCGUCGAGCUUGAUCUGUCCACCCUGAAUGGCAUCAAUCGUGGAAAUCUACCCAAGAAAACUGACAACCGACGAAGGAAAGUUGCGCCUGGCAUAGACGAAGAUGAUGGAGAAGACUCCGAUUCCAAUGCCGAUUCCAUUACCGGGCCCGCAGAAGAUGGGCCAGAUGCUGCCAACCAUCGCGACCGACAUUCCAAGCAUGGUCUGCAGGUUCUGGAGUUGCACAGUAUGAACCCCAUGGUGUCGUUCAAAGGCGAUUUCUACAGCUGCGCCUGGCAUGAUUUGAUUGGCACAAAUAUGUUCUACAGCAUGCCUCAUCAGGACAUAGGUCACGCGCCUCUGCGAUCGACUAAGGACUAUAACCUCCUUGGUACUUCUCGCGUCAAGCUGGUUGGGCAACGGGCAAAGGUCUAUGAAAAAGCUUCUGCGCGCAAAAGGCAGCGAGUUGAUCAGAAUCCUGGUGCGAGGCAAGAUGGCAAUGGCAGUGAGGAAGUCUUAACGACCCAAUCAGUAGUUGGGGCCAGCCUUACACCAGCUGAUCCCGCGUCAGAGACUAGGGAACAGGCGGACUUUCUCCAGAAACUCAGGAUGAUUCAGCAAUCCCGUCAAACGACAAGCAAUGGGACGAGCCUCGCCGAUCGCGGUUCUUCUGCCGAUGCAAAGCCUUCUGCCUCGGCCUGGCACACCGAGGAAUAG